UCAUGUCUGUGGGAAUCAUUCUGUUUAUUUCUUUCACCGAUGUUCAGACUCUCAAUAUUGAGAAACUCAGUGAAACUGUGUUGAAGAGCAUCCAGCAGUAUGCAGUGGAUGUGACUCUGGAUCCUGAUACAGCAAAUUCAUAUCUCAUCCUGUCUGAUGAUAACAAACAAGUGACAUAUGGAGGCUUUAGUUUAUGGAGGCCUUAUCCCCCAGACAACUCAAAGAGAUUUGAUUACAGUGUAAAUGUCAUAGGAAAGCAGGGAUUCUCAUCAGGUAGAUUUUAUUAUGAGGUUCAGGUGAAGGAAAAUACUGCAUGGACUUUAGGUGUGGCCAGAGAAUCUGUUAACAGAAAAGAAAUGACCAGACUGACACCAGUAAAUGGAUUUUGGACUGUCACGUUGAGGAAUGUAAAUGAAUAUAAAGCUUGUGCUGAUCCUGAUGUCUCUCUGUGUCUGUGUGUGAGUCCACAGAAGGUGGGUGUGUUUGUGGAUUAUGAGGAGGGUUUGGUCUCCUUUUAUGAUGUGGAGUCCAGAUCUCAUAUCUACUCUUUCACUGGUCAAUCUUUCAAUGAAAAACUCUAUCCAUAUUUUAACCCAGGAUCAAAUAAUUGGGGUUGGAACGCAGAGCCACUGAUUAUCACACCUGUCAAAAACAAUUACUGGAUUUACCAGCCAUAUAUGAAAUAG